AUGACAAGUGCAUUCCCAACUCCCCAACGCCACCACGAGGUCCUCAUUGCGAGCCGCUCACCCCACUUCACCGCUAGCCACCGUGGCUCGCACCCCUACCACGAGCCCUACACCAUGAGGCCACCUCUACCACCACGCGAGGCAUCUCAAGCCCUCACUCUGGUAUUGUGGUUGCCUGGAUCUAUGUCUGCAACCUAUGGUGGCCUUGCUCGUCUUUUGGUUAUGAUUCAUCUGUGUCUUGCUACUUUUGGGUUGUCUCCAAGGAAAGAAGUCAAAUUGAUAUUUACACUAUUUUCCCUCUUAAUUGGAAGAUACAUGAUAUUGUUCAUUCAUGCUUGA